AUGUUACCUGAUAAGAAUCCCAAAAGUGCGGCCAUUUGCGGUCUUGACACUUACAAGAAAAAGUUGAUGAAAGAGGCAGAAAAAAUUGUUUUGGAAGAAUUCCCGAAGAAAGUUCUGGAAUUUAAUGGUUUGCUUGAGAACGAACAGUUCUCCUAUGAUCGGCUUCCAGAGAUAUUACCAAGCAUCAAUUUGGGGAUACCUUACUCAGAACAAUUAAUGGAACAUAAGAAUGCAGUUAACUCAAAUGAAUAUGAUGCUGAUGAUGGAGUUUUGAAGAAGAAACGGAAAAUUGAUAACAGCAGGAAUGAAGUUUUUCAUGGUACAUCUGUUUACAAUUUUAUUAGCGGAACUGUUAAGUGCAAUGAACAGCUUGCCAGUCUAACGGAUAUUGCUAGACCUCUACUGCGUGAUUCAGUUGAAGCGGUCAACAAAGUCAAAAUGUGGAUUUUAUUUUUAAUUCCACGUAUUGAGGAUGGCAAUAAUUUUGGUGUUUCUAUUCAAGAAGAAGCUCUAAGUGAGGUGCGCACGGUUGAAGGUGAAGCAGCAUCAUUUCUUGAUCAAAUGUCCAGAUACUUUGUUAGUCGUGCUCGUUUGGUAACUAAAGUAGCCAAAUAUCCACAUGUAGAAGACUACCGACGUGCGAUUUUGGAUAUGGACGAAAAACAGUUCAUUAAUAUUCGUCUUGUGUUAACUGAAAUGCGCAAUCAUUUUGCUACUCUACAUGAUAUGAUUACGAAAAAUCUCGAAAAAAUUAAAACUCCAAGAAGUAACAAUACUGAGCAUAUGUAUUAG